AUGGCGAUCCAAGUUCCCAUCGGCGCCCUCGAUAUACAAAUCACCGCUGAGCGUCUAACUCAUGAAUCUUUCUCGUCUUUUGGAGACGUAAUCUCCAAUCCACGGCCCGACGUCCACCCCUCAUCAUUCGACGCCCAUGCUUCAUCCUUGCCACCCAACGCCUUCUCCGCCAACCAAGGCUCUGCAAUCCAAUAUCGAAAUGUCAGCCGCCUUAAGAACCUCUACGAUCAAGCACCCAGCGGCAAAGGAGAGCCCGUUAUGAGCAUCUUCGUCUGUGCUGCAAGAGGAGGCGCCGAUUCUUCCGGGGAAAAUACAUUUACCGUGCGGCAUCUCGAGCGACACCCGUUUACAGCGCAAACUUUCACCCCAAUUAAAUCCACUGCAUCAACAUAUCUAGUCAUUGUCGCUCCGAGCCUCCCACCCAGUCCUCAAGAUCAAGAUUUACCUGUGCCCGCUGGCGAUGGGCUACCCGGGAGGGGAUUUCCGGAUCUCGGGCGUCUGCGUGCUUUCAUCGCUACAGAAAGCCAGGCCGUCACUUAUGGCCCUGGGACUUGGCAUUCUCCUAUGGUAGUGUUAGGGCAAACAGGAACCAAGAUGGAUUUUGUGGUGUCGCAAUUUGCCAGUGGUGUUGCGGUUGAAGAUUGUCAACUCCUGGAAUUUGUUUCAGCAAUCAUGGGGAGCACAAUGUAUUCCACCGACGCAAAAAACAAGCUCGAAGAUCUGUCUGGGAUCGUCUUGAAGCCCGGGGAGAACCCAUACGAGGCCUUCAUCCAAGCUUGCAAUAACAAGCCUGAAGAAAUCCAAGCCCUAUAUCACGCUCACCGCACCAAACGCAAUGGCCUUCAGAAAGAAAAGUUUCUUUCUCCCGAUUACAAGGAGCUCGUGAUUGACCAGUACCUUCUUCGCCUUGAGAAUCCUGACAUCGAGCCCGGAUUCCGCGAUGAGCGAAAUUGCCUUGUGAUCUGGGCUCGCCCUCCAAUCCACAUCAUUGAGCUGGCGGCAAAGAUUCAAGCACUUCUUCAAGAAGCUUCGCCGAAAAUCUGGCUCAUGCCCACCCACCGGAUGCACAUGACGACCCUUGAGAUCACCUUCUCCAAGACUCCCCAGGAGAUUGACUCACUCGUCUCCGUCAUACGGCCUGCCGCGCCCUCCAUCGCUUCUUAUACUCACACCCAUCGCUCUCGUCUUGUGAAGCCCAUGAUUUCAUAUGAUCUCUCUGCGUUUGCCCUCUCAUUUCUCCCGGCUUCUGGUGAAACUCCCCUCUCUCCUGCGCCCGUUGCACCUGACACGCCCGCCAAUGGACCCGUCACUCAGGGAGAUGACUACACCUACCACCAUCUUCGACGAGAUAUUUUUGACAAAGUAAAGGAGGCAGGAGUUGAAGUUGGUUCGCGGUACCAGGUUCCCAGUGCUCACAUCACUUUGGGGAGAUAUAUGACAGAUGAAGAGCAUGACACUCCUGAAAAGAGGGAGAAGUGGGUCAAGGCUAUUGAUGACAUCAAUGCUUGGCUAGAGAAACAGGUCUGGGAUCAACAAGAUGCUCAAUUCAUCGGUGAGUGGGUUGUUGGACAGGAGAGAGGACUGGAUGUUCGAAAUGGUGCCCUGUGGUACGGAGGUGGCCGAACCAUUGUGCUUGGCGAGGGCUUUUAGAUAGAAGUUGGGCCAAUAUCCGGUAUCUAGAACAACAAAGACAUAGAAGACAAUAGAGAGACAGCAACGAUUCGC